AACACAGAGCCAGUCUGGCUCAGACAAGGGACGCGCUUCAACAAGAACGGACCUUCAUCAUCCACACACAAUACAACAAAUCAAAUAAAUAAAAACGGACACUCUCCACACGGAGUCGUGUUCUGGAUUAACACUGUUUCACCUGCGCCUUUACUGGGGAUAUCACUAAUGGUGAUCGGAUACGUUAAUUCUUGAUCAGCACUCCGGCGCCAUGAGCGGGCUUUUAAAGAGGAAGUUUGAGGAGGUGGAGGAAGAUCCGUGCUACUCUUCGUCUUCUCCCUCGUCGCUCUCCUCGUCGGCCUACUCCGGCUGGGAUUCGGAUGGCGAGAGCUGCUACUCUGACACUCUGGACUCCACCCCCAGCAACCCGAGCUCGCCAGCAGCGUCAUUUAGCACCACCUCCAUCCUGAAGAAGUCCAAGCGUCCGCGGAGAGGAAACGUCCAGUUUGAUCAGGUGACCGUCUUCUUCUUCCCACGAUGCCAGGGCUUUACCAGCGUGCCAAGCAGAGGCGGCUGCACGCUGGGCAUGAUGCAGAGACACAGCGUUCAGAGAAAAUACACGCUGGCCGAGUUUGCCAUCGAACAGCGCCACCUACGGCGUGAGAAACUGAAGAACAGAAUGAGGGAGGAGAAGCUGGAGGCCCUCAAACAGAAGCUGACUAAAAACGGUACCCAGGAGUCCGAAGAGGCCGAUCAGCUGACCGUGGACGACAUCCCUGAGGACGAGAUUGACCUCAGCGGCGUGAACCUGGACAGCGGCUCGUUCCUGCACCCAUACCCGUCCAAGAGGCGGCACGCCAUCCUGAAAGCUGCCGGCGUAAAGAAGAUCGAUAAGGAGGAGAAGAGGCAGCUGCAUGCGCUGCGUCUGUCGCGGGAGGACUGCGGCUGCAGCUGUCAGGGCUUCUGCGAGCCUGAAACAUGCAGCUGCAGCUUGGCGGGCAUCAAGUGUCAGAUGGACCACUCGUCCUUCCCCUGUGGCUGCACCAAGGAUGGCUGCGGGAACACGGAGGGCCGCAUAGAGUUCAACCCCAGCCGUGUUCACACCCACUACAUCCACACCAUCAUGAAGCUGGAGCUGGAGAAGCGCCUGGAGGAGCACUCGACCGAGAGCGAAGCAGCUCAGGACGAGCAGAGCGACUCCUCUGACCUCCGGCCAUCAGAGGGUGGAGACGAGGCCGACGGCUCCAGCUUCCAUUUUAACUCCGAGUUAGUGGCAGCGGGAGAGAACAGCUGCAGCAGCGACAUGACGGACUCUUCCAGUUCAUCAGGUCAGAGCGAGGACUUAGAAGUGGGCGAGAGGCCUCAGAGCGAGCAGUCGUCCUUAGACGUGGACGAGAACGGACUCACGCGAAUCCUGAGCUUCAGCGAUACGGAUAACGAAGACUGCUCGGUGCAAGGCAGGGACAUUAGGGCUAGCAUGGACAACUGCAGACAAGAGCAGAGAAGGACUGAGCCAACUUCUGUGGGGUAUGGCAUCUUCAGUACUGUGGAGAAUGUGGACAAUGACGAUAACGCUUGCACGCCACCAAUGGACUCCGUUACAGACAGCAGAGCCGCAGCCAUGUCUAAACUUUUGGACGAAAACGCAAAUCAAGGCAACGCUCUUUUCCACAGCGGAUCUGUCCCCAACACACCCUCACCUUCAAUUGACCGCUCAGCCAGUUACAUGGACCUCAGCCUGUCCUCAGAGUCAGAUUUGGAGUUCUUUGAUGGUUUUCCCUGCCUAGGACCCAGCUCACUGUACAACUCCCUCAAGGAGUACGAGCAUUUGGACAACUUCUUUCAGUUCCAGCUGCCUGGAUACCCCAGCCUUCCCCCAGCUAAUGACUCAGGCACAUGUCUCUUGGAGUCACUCAUCGGCUUGUCGGAAUCGGUUCCAGAACCCCCUGCCACAUUCACAGACAAUCAGAUGCUGGAAGAAGCCAUUAAGUUGUCUGUGAUGGAGUAUGUGAAAGUCUGA